UAACGAUGCGGAAACAUAAUAUAUUAUGAAAGUUCCAUUCGUUGUCAGAUCCACAUUCCGAUUCUAAAUUCAUCAGAAGUGAUAAUGACAUCUAAUAUGGUCGCAGAAUGGUCUGUUACUCUUGUGGAUUCGGUUAUUAAUUGAUACAUGCCUAUGGUGUCGAGAAGAUUUGUGACUUUGACUCUCGAUGAUGAUGCAAAGUUAAGUAAAUCUAUGUUCAAAUCGCCAGUGCAAACAACGUGAUAGCAACUAUGCAUUGCAGUUGUCUUCAAUAAUAACAAUAGAGCUUAAUAUAUCUGACUUAGGGAGUCUAGGUUUUUUAUAAAUACGUCACUUGUUCACUGCAGGUACACUCGUACUACCAUUGUUUAAAUACUAUCAGCAGAAUCAUAUAUGGUUUAAGUAAGUGUAAGGUUAUAGUUUUAUCACGCAGAGAACCCAAAAUCUGAUGUGUUUUCAAUUGUAGGGGGUGAAAUAUGCUAUUUUUUUUAACUAAAACAAUAAUAAAAUAGUAAAAAAAAGGCAAUCAUGAAUAAAAGCCCCUACAGUAAUGUGUACUACAGACAAUGGUUCCACUUUAGACUAUGAAACUUCUCUAAUGGUUCCACCAUUUACAAUUACUAAAAAUUGGUUUCAUGGCAAUAUGGCUUGAAUCGCCUUGUAUAGAUAAAAUUUUUGAUAAAAUGGCAAGUUGGCAACACUGUUUCCUAACCUAUUAAUUUGUAAAUGUAAUGUUUUGGUUAAAUUUGCUAACUUAAUGGAUAUUCUAAAAGCAGAAAUAGCAAAAAAACGCAAACAGUUGGAAGAUAAACAACUAGUGGAUAGUCAAAAGAAGUAUUUUAAAAGGGGCGACUUAGUAUCAAAGGAAAUUGAAGAAUAUCAAGCCAAAUAUGGCCAAACCAGGAACGAGGAGCUUAAAGAUUUUACUAAUACCAUUGAAGGUACGACACAGUCUUUAGUUUUAAGUUAUUUGUUAAAAUCUUUCUCUUCAGGGUCACUUGCGGCAGACCGUGGUACGGAACAUUCUGUUCUUCCAAGAUGCGAGGUCAUCUCUCGACUGCGUGAUAGAGGGGAACCUAUAUUCUUGUUUGGGGAAACCGAAUCAGAUGCGUUUAAGCGUUUGCGCAGAUGUGAGAUUUUAGAACCGGAAAUGAAUCGAGGUUUUCGAAAUGACUUUCAAGAAGCGAUGGAGAAAGUUGAUCAGGCUUAUCUGGACGAAAUUUUAGCUUCUAGUGAAUGUCGAGAGGAAUCAAAGGUUAUGAACAAGCCACAGGAACCGGUUGCCACAUAUGAAGAGAUACAAGAAAUGGCAAAGGAGUUGGGAUGCGGAAAUCGAGAGUAUGACAUGACUCUUAUAAUGAAAUUUUUGUUGUUGCUGAUGAAAAAGUGGAAUGAUCAGUUAAAUAAUCGUUCAUCAGAAGUAAAAAUGGCUACACGAGGUAAAAUGGCAGGAGCGACCUGUGGUCAAACACAAGUGUAUUUAAAACCUCUUAUACGAAAACUAAAAACACACACACUACCUGAGGAUAUUUUAGAAAGUCUGACUGAGAUCACCCAACAUCUCUUAAAUCGUAACUAUUUAAAGGCAAGUGAUGCUUACUUGCAAAUGGCAAUUGGUAAUGCUCCAUGGCCCAUUGGUGUUACUAUGGUUGGUAUUCACGCUCGUACAGGACGUGAAAAGAUCUUUUCAAAGAAUGUCGCACAUGUAAUGAAUGAUGAAACGCAACGUAAAUACAUUCAAGCUAUCAAGCGGUUGAUGACUAAAUGCCAAGAGUAUUUCCCCACUGAUCCGUCAAGGUGUGUGGAAUAUCAAGCUUUUGGUAGUACUAACGAAAGUACUAAUUAAGUUAAUUGGUUUAUAUUCAGGAUGUGUAAAUUUGUGACUAACACUUUUAGCAUAGAAAAUUAAAAACCCAAUUGAUAAUUAA